UUACAUAGUGAUUUUCGGCUUAUAAGGGAUUGGAUAUACGGGACUUCUCUUUAUAAAGGAUUCAAUUGGUCGAAUUUUUAGUCUUUUAUACUCGGUUUCUGAUUUUGAUUAUAAAACACUCAAAAAAGGCCGUCGACGAUAUUACAUCACCUGACUAAGGUUGCCCCGCCCCCACUACAAAAUACAUCACACACUUCAUCAUCCUCCACCAGUGCUCCUCAUCAUCAACAACAACAUAUCAAACCAUACCCCCUCCUCUCCCAUAAAAAUAUCCCACAAACACAAAAUGGGACAUCUAGCCACCCUCGCCACGUGCAAUCUAAAUCAAUGGGCGUUAGAUUUCGACGGUAAUCAAAAGCGCAUUAUUGAGAGUAUUCGACGCGCGAAGAGCGCAGGAGCUUCGUUGCGCGUGGGACCUGAAUUGGAGAUUACGGGGUAUGGGUGUCAGGAUCAUUUGUAAGGGAUUUUUAAUUUGGUUUUGGUUUUGGUUUGUUUUGUUUUUGGUUUGAUUUUGAGUGGAGGGAAGAUGUGAUGGGAACUGAUUAUCUCAUAGUCUAGAAUCUGACACCGAGUUGCAUUCUUGGGAGUCGUUGGCCGAAAUCAUUGCGCAUGAUGAAUGUCGGGAUAUUUUGCUCGAUAUCGGUAUGCCGGUUAGGCAUAAGAAUGUUAAUUAUAACUGUAGGAUUAUUUGUUAUAAUGCUAAGGUUAGUAGAGUAUUGUUUCUUUUUUGGUUUGGUUUUUAUUGUUUUAUUGAUUUGAAAGGAUAAAAUUUUUAUAAUGAAUUUUUUGAAUGUUUUGAAUAUUUUGGAUGUUUUAAAUAUUUUGAAUGUUUUGGAUUGAAUAUAAUUUGAAAAUUUUUCUCUUUUUAAUAUAAUUUCUAUAUAUAUUUUGAAUUUGUUCGGGUUGUUUUGUUAAUUUUUUAUAUUGAUUUCGAUUUUUACAUUCUGUUUAUUUUAUAUAAUAGAUUCGUAUUAUACUUUGAAUUCAUUGAAACAAUGAAUGAAUUCAGGAUUUGAACUUUUUAGGAAUAUCGCAAUAUGUUCAGACAUUCAUAACCUUUCAAACAUUGAAUGAUUUCGGAUUUUAUUUCAGGCUGGACUAUUGGAUAUCUUUUCAUUAUGAAUUGCAGCUAAUAAAACAUAGAUUCUACUCAUUCGCCCUAAGCUCUCUUUGGCUUCGGAUGGAAAUUAUCGUGAGCAGAGAUGGUUCACACCAUGGAAAGGGCAGAGGAUAGUAGAGCAGUAUUAUUUACCAAGAUUGAUCACCAAAGUAACAGGACAACAUAAAGUUCCAAUUGGAGACGCUGUUAUCAGUACUUACGACUCAUGCUUCGGUGCUGAGACUUGCGAGGAAUUAUUCACGCCAAGAGCACCCCAUAUAAAUAUGUCAUUGGAUGGUGUUGAAAUUUUUACCAACAGCAGUGGAAGUCAUCAUGAACUUCGUAAGCUGAACAUUCGCCUCGAACUUAUCAAGGAAGCUACUUUGAAGGCUGGAGGUAUAUAUCUAUAUGCUAACCAGCAGGGUUGCGAUGGAGAUCGUCUUUACUACGAUGGAUCAGCCAUGAUUGUCGUCAAUGGCAGAGUUGUCGCUCAAGCGAGCCAAUUUUCGUUAAACGAUGUGGAAGUGGUGACUGCCACCGUUGAUUUAGAAGAGGUUAGGGCUUAUAGAACCUUCAGAUCCCGUGCCAUGCAAGCAAGGGAAACAGCUCCAUACGAAAGAAUUGAAGCCGGAAUGAGUCUUUCGAGUGAUGCUGAAGAUGUAAAUCCUUUGGUGCAACCUACCAAGGAAAUCUCAAUCAAAUACCACGUUCCCGAGGAAGAAAUUGCACUUGGUCCAGCUUGUUUCUUAUGGGAUUACCUUCGUCGAUCUCGACAAGCUGGAUAUUUUGUACCACUUUCUGGCGGGAUUGAUAGUUGUGCUACCUCGGUUAUAGUUCAUUCCAUGUGUCGAAUUGUCUAUGCGGCAGUCAAGAAGGGUGAUAACCCACAGGUUAUUGAGGAUUUACUUAGAAUUGUUGGGGAAGAGGAAGACAGCACAUGGCGUCCAUCCAACUCACAGGAUAUCGCUAAUCGGAUCUUCCAUACUGCUUAUAUGGGUUCCACAAAUUCCUCAUCAGAAACAAGAGGUCGUGCCAAAGAUUUAGGUGAAAAGAUUGGUAGUUAUCAUCUGGAUUUCAAUAUCGAUAAUGUUGUUUCAGCAGUCACCACAUUGUUCACAACAGUCACCAAUUACACUCCAAAGUAUAAGAUGUACGGAGGAACACCAGCAUCAAAUUUGGCAUUACAAAACAUCCAAGCCAGACUUCGUAUGGUUCUGGCUUAUCUGUUCGCCCAACUUCUUCCGACUGUCCGCGGCAGAACGAAACCUGGAUCUUUGUUAGUCUUAGGCUCUGCAAAUGUUGAUGAAUCACUCAGAGGUUAUUUCACAAAAUACGAUUGCAGUAGUGCAGAUAUCAAUCCCAUUGGCGCGAUCUCCAAGACUGAUUUGAAGAGAUUUAUUCUUUGGGCCAGUACAGAAUUCGAAAUGCCACUUCUUCAAGACUUCAUUGAUGCUCCACCAACUGCAGAACUCGAACCUAUCACGGAAGAUUAUGUACAAAGCGAUGAAGCUGAUAUGGGUAUGAGCUAUAAUGAGCUAUCAAUAUACGGUCGUCUUCGGAAGGUGGAUAAAUUGGGGCCAUAUGGAAUGUGGACUAAACUUCUUCAUGAAUGGGGUCAUGUUCUCUCACCACGCGAGAUAUAUGAGAAGACUAGAUGGUUCUUUUGGUGUUAUUCUAUUAAUCGUCAUAAGAUGACUACACUUACACCGAGUUAUCAUGCCGAACAAUAUUCUCGUAUGUCAUUAACCUUUCAUUUCCCUUUUUUCAACAUUCCGUAUUUCCAGCGACAUUCAAACUAAUUACUGACUUUUCAAAGCGGACGAUAAUCGAUAUGAUUUAAGACCAUUCCUCUAUCCCGGCUUCUCAUUUGCAUAUAGGAAGAUCGAGAAAGCAUUAAAUGCCAUGGGGGUAGCUGCAGACAAGAAACCAGAGGUAGACGGAGAGAAAAAGACAGAGUAGAUAGAUAUUUCUUUCUUUCACCACGUAUAAAGAUAGAAGUUUGGGGAAUUGUACGUUUAUUUUUAUAAAUACUAUAUUUGAGAGGAUAUAGCUUUAUUGCUGAAUGGAAAUUAAGUUCAUAAAAUGCGUCAUCAAAGUCCGAUUAAUAUCUCGUAUGGGAUCGAAGUAUACUCUAAUUAUAGAUGCGGAAGUUAAGUAAGAAGAGAGUUCACUUGGUGAUCUUUACUUCAGAAAAAUUACUAAUCUCAUCUUAUCUAUAUAUAUCAUACAAUUUUAAAAUUAUAUAUAUGAAAGCUAAGAUUUAUCUAGUAAAUAGAAUACAAAACUCGCGAGUA